AUGUCAAGCAAUCGUCGCAUGGAUUUACUGCCUCGCUCUCCCUCGCAGGCAAAGGCGUGCAACGUGUACGGAACCGAUAUCCACGCCUUGAAUUUGACCGUGGAAUACCAAGCUGCCGAUCGCCUCCACGUGGGAAUCGUGCCAACCCAUCUCGAUGAGUCCAAUGCCACCCAUCUUGAAGUUCUCCUGGACCAACUCCCCGAGCUUCGGGUUCAGGUGAUCAGGAACUGGACGGGAGGUGUCCUGUUCAGCACCAAGGGAAAGAAGCUCGUGUUUGAGAACCACUUUGUCGAAUUCUCGAGCUCUCUGCCCGAGAAAUACAAUAUCUACGGACUGGGUGAGUCCAUGCGAUCAUUUCGUCGGGGAAACAACUACACCCAGACUUUCUACAAUGCUGACACGGGUGAUGCGCUGGAUUAUAACCUGUACGGGACGCAUCCCUUCUAUCUGGAAACCCGCUAUUUCAAGCAAGAUUCUACCGGCAAGCGGAUCCCACGCAACGCCCACGGCCAAGAUGUUCUCCUGCGGCCCGACCACAUCACCUGGCGGAGUAUCGGCGGCAGCAUCGACCUCUACUUCUUCGCCGGCCCCACCCAGUCCGAAGUGACCAAGUCCUACCAGGAAGUUGUUGAUCUGCCUGCGCUGCAGCAAUGCUGGACCCUGGGCUUCCACCAGUGUCGAUGGGGAUACAUGAGCUGGCAAGAACUUGAUGAAGUGGUCAGCAACUACACCAAGUUCCAGAUCCCAAUUGAGACUAUCUGCGGUAUCGAGACUUUGAAAAUGCUCCUGGUUACGAGUAUAAGACCGGUAGCGAUUUCUUGCAGCGUCUUCAUGACGGCGGUCGACACUAUAUACCCCACCUUUGAGCGAGGCAACGACACCGGAUCGUUCUUGAAGAACCCCGACGACAGCCUCUAUAUCGGCGCCGUCUGGCCAGGAUACGCCGUCUUCCCCGACUGGCUCUCCAAAGGCGCCGAAGGGUGGUGGACCAACGAAAUGGUCGAGUACUACAAAAAGGUCGCCUUCGACGGCGCAUGGAUCGACAUGAGCGAGAUUUCGUCGUUCUGCACUGGCAAUUGUGGAAAUAAAAGCCUCACAUUCAACCUUUCCCACCCGCCCUUCUCUCUUCCCGGAGAGCCGGAGAGCAUCGUCCUCGACUACCCCGAGGGAUUCAGUGCCAGCAACAAAACCGAGGCGGCGUCUGUGUCUGCCGCGGAGUACGAGAUGCACAACCUCUGGGGCACCGGCACCCUGCACGCAACCUACAAGGCACUGUCGCAAAUAGUGCAUUAUCUACAAGUAUAG